UGUCCGGAGGAGGGGUUGGGUUGGGGUGUGGUCGUGGUGACGACCGUGAUGGAGGGGUUGUCCCCUUCGAGUGUGGUGACGCGGUCGGAUAUGGAUGACACAGUGGCCUUUAUGUCGUCCAGAGAGGUUUGGAAGGUGUUGAGUGCGUGGAGGAUGGUGGAGAGGUCGGAGGUGGCGGUGUUUGCUGGUGGUUGUUCGCCUGCGAGGUUGCGAGCGAUGCUAUCGACCGAGUCAGUGCGGAUGUCAGACAUGUUGAUGGAGGAUGCGGCCAUGUCAGGGGAAGAGGGGGUGGAGGACGCGGCCGGAACGGAUGUGGAGAAUGCAGCAGCAGCGGUGGCGGCGGCAGCGGCGCGUUGGGAGUUCUUGGUGGUGAAAGAUGGGGGGUCGCUAGAAGUGGACUCGGUGUCGGGGUCGGGUGUGGAGAACUCAUCUGACAUCAUGGUGGUGACCCCGUCAAAUGUGGCCACUCUCCUCUUAUCCGAUAUCAGUCAUGCUUUUGGCAAUGCAUUCUGGGAAGGAGUUGUGCAAGGCCCAUUAUCACUCGCGGACUGGUGCAGAGGCGGCUUGUCUAGUGAAACUUCAAACACAGGCGAUGCAGGUGCUUCAAGCAGUGCGGAUCAAGUCGGAAGGGGCACACCUGGAGGAGAGAGCAUAACCGGUUCCCGCGGAGUUGGAAGCGCAACAAGUACCAUGACUGGGUCUACUCCCGAACCCGUCACUCCACCUCAGUUGGGAUCGGCCUUUGUCUCAUCGCCAGCAGGAUCCAGUGUGAGCUCUGUGGCGGGUGGUGUGGCUAAUCCAGCUGCUGUUCCCCAGGGCGGGCCAGGACGAGGGAAAGGUGUGGGAUCAUCCUCUGCCAAAGCAGUGCCACGUCAGCAGUGCCAUGUCAGCAGUGCCAUGUCAGCAGUGCCAUGUCAGCAGUGCCACGUCAGCAAUAGUGCCAUGUCAGCAGUGCCACGUCAGCAGUGCCACGUCCGCAGUGCCAUGUCAGCAGUGCCAUGUCAUCAGUGCCACAUCAGCAAGAGUGCCACGUCAGCAGUGCCACGUAAGCAGUGCCACAUCUGUUUGAGCCACCUGGCAACCGUCCACGGCGUCGACGUCGCAGACCUGAAAGAUAAGAUCUCUUGGGAAGAGUUAACACGACUAUGGAAGAAGCGGUUCAUCGUGGACGACGCCCCGACGCUCGCCAUCAACCGCCUCUUCGCUAUGACGCAAGGCAACACAGCAACACACGACUGGCUCACGGAAUGGCAAAAGAUCGCGGCGACGCCGGAUCUCGAAUUGCCAUUUUCGCAUCUGCGCCGAGAGUUCUACAACCGGUCAUGUGCCACCUUUUUGGCACUUGGUGAUCGCGAGCAAUUCGCAACCUUCGCUGAAAUCAUCGACAAGGCAAGGGAGAUCAUCAAGACCAAUAGGGCAGCUGCACAUGAGAAAUCAGCAUGGCAGCCAACCUAUGUGGAGAAGGUGAAAACUGGUCCGCGGCCGCAGCAUGUCGUUGCAGUCCAAUCGGACAACAUUGUGGAAGACUCGGCAACCACGCAAGCGUCACGUGAGGGAGAUCAGGUGGCUGCUGUCCAACCGCGAAGCAACAACAAGUCCCGAGGAAACGGGAAGGCGAAAACCGCAUCGCUGGUUGGAAACGGACAGCCAACACCAUGGGUCAAGUUUCACUUGACCGAGGCGGAAUACAAGUGGCGUGGCCGCUACGUACCAACUCCGUUGAUGGACGCCGGAGUAGAGGUUGUCGACCUUCAGAAGAUCGACCGCGAGUUCAAGACACAACGGUACGACGACAUCGACGCACCGUUGUUAUAUGUACGCAUUCAGAUCGGAGAGGCGACCUGCAACGCUUUGAUCAAUUGCGGAGCAUCUCGCAACUACAUGAGCCAGGACUUUAUGGUACGCGUCGGCCUUGGCCCACGCGUUCGGAGGAAGUCCCAGCCUACGCAAGUCACGUUGGCAGACGGUCACACGCACAAGUCAAUUGACCGGUGCAUAGAUGACGUCCCCGUGUACUUUGCCCCACAUGCAAGCGAGGCGGUGUCCUUCGAUAUCUUGGACACCAAAUUCGACAUGAUCUUGGGCAUGUCAUGGCUGCAAAGAGAGGAUCACCCGGUGAACUUCUACCGCCGCUCCGUUCACGUUCGUGAUCGGAACGGAGUACUAGUCCCAUGCACGGUGGCUCCUCCUCACCCUUCGAUCAACUGCCACGUGGUGUCCGCCGCAAGCAUGCGAGCUUCCAUCAUCAGAGACGACAUCGAGGAGAUGGGGGUGUGUUUUCUCCACGCCCUCCCGCCCCAUGACGCUUCAUCGACGGACUCAUCUUCGGACCCACGCAUCACCGAGCUUCUCGACGCCUACGGAGACGUGUUCGAAAGCCCGCACGGAGUAGUAUCGGAUCCGCCCAUCCGCCACGAGAUCAUCCUCGAGGACGGGGCUGUACCUCCGCGCUGGAUUCGGCCUAGCUCAUCGGCAUAUGGUGCUCCCGUUCUCUUCGUCCGGAAGAAGAACAAGGAUUUGCGGUUGUGGAUCGAUUAUCUCAAGCUCAAUGCGCAAACGAUCAGAAACGUCGGCCCUCUUCCACGCAUCGACGACCUUCUCGAACGGAUGGGCGGCGCCAAGUUCUUCUCCAAGCCUGACCUCAAAUCGGGAUAUCACCAACUCGAGAUUCGGCAGGAGGACAGCUACAAGAUCGCGUUUAAGACGCGAUAUGGGCAUUUCGAAUGGCUGGUUGUGCCAUUUGGCCUUACGAAUGCCCCGGCCACUUUCCAAGCGGCUAUGACAACGGAGUUCCGACACAUGCUGAAUCGAUUCGUACUUAUCUACCUCGACAACAUCCUGGUGUACAGCCGGAGUUUGGACGAGCAUGUGGAACACCUGCGCAUCGUUUUGGAGCGGCUACGACAAGCCAAGUACAAAGCCAACUGCGACAAAUGCGAAUUCGCGCGGCAGGAGCUGGAGUACUUGGGACAUUAUGUGACGCCGCAAGGCAUCUGUCCGCUUGCGGACAAGAUAGAGCCCCUCCGCCUAUGGCCCGAGACGCUGCAAGGCAUCUGUCCGCUUGCGGACAAGAUAGAGCCCCUCCGCGCUAUUUCUGGCCUGUUCCCACGACAGCCUCAAGCAGGAGCUGCAGCAGCAGCCCCUGACUCCCUGCGGCAUUGGCAAGAGCAGCCUUCUGGACUGCCUCGCCCUGCAGUCAGGAGGCAGGCCAAGAAGUACAUAGGGAGUUCCCAUGCACUUCACGGAUACCAGGAAGACUCGCUAAAGACAUCACCAGGCACGCUCAGAUUCUGGGAAAAGGCACCACUUGAGCCCUAUGCUCCCCCAAAGCCGGUGAUUUACUAUGUCCUCUGCCAGGCUUUGGAGCCACUUCUUGUAGCAACAGGAGAGUUCUUCCACGAGUUAAGUACAGUUUAUGAGACUUGUAGGCUUGGAACCCACCUACCAGCACAAUUGGCAAGUGGCAUGCAGAAAGUUGGUGUCACCUGCCCACCUGGAGUUGUGGCAGUACCCGUGCAGCGCUCAGGAGAGGAGAGCGAUAACGAGAGUGUCCUCACCCCUCCAACCUAUGGGUCGAGCUUUGGAGCUAUAGCUGUUAUGGAAAGAUUCAAUAAAGAGGAAUACAGGGAAUCGCUGCGCAACGUCUGCAACUGCCUACAGCUCUCUACCGUCUCAGCUACGCCAAAGCGAGACCACGAACAUGACCCUUGUGUGGUUGUCUAUGUGGUAUGCCCUUCCACUGAACCAGAUGUUAUCCUCGAUACGACAAUUGAUGUCUGCCAGUACCUAGCUCAUGUUGAGUGGCUGGAGCCCAUGCAACUCUUAAGUGCUUCUAGGAUAGGGCGGAAGUCACCGUCAUCUGUCGCGGAAGAGAUGGCCAAAGGUCGUAAGGACUGCCUUCCUCUGGCAUCAUCUUCAGGAGUCUCCUCGGCACGAGUUGCUGUCCAAAUGCUCACUGUCGAGGUGGUCAUGAGGUGUGGAACACCAUGUGCCGGAACUCUUGAUACAAUGAAGGAGGUUGCAUUUUCUGUAUACACCAAAGCAAGAAGGCAGCCAAGAAGGCUCCCAGCCAAGUUUCAAGGAGUGUCAUCAUUUUUCUACAGAAAUUUUCAGCUACAGUCUCGAGCAUCUCAACAGAAGCUGAUGUCUUCACUGGGAGGGUGUUCAAUGGGUAUGCAGCAGCAGCCUGCACAGCCCCAGGGGCAGCAGCAGGUCAGUCAACAUCGAAUCCCAACUUCAUCAGCUGUGAAACAGCAUGUUACCAGCACAGGUCAGUCACUCCAGGGGAUACAGCCUUCUGGUCAGCUGUUUUCUUGCUCUGGGCCUGCGAUGACCGGUUCUACGUCUGUCUGGAAAGACUGUGGUUCCCGGUCUGGCCUGAGUGAGGAGCGGUUCGGUGGUGUGAAUAGUUGUGAAGCAUCUGAAGACCAGGGAGGUAGGGACCGGUCUGGAGACACUGACUGGAAAGGUGUUGUGCCACCACGCCGGCUGGGAAUUGCAGCGGAGGAAUUCUCUAGACUUCCUGCAGUUGAUAAGGGUACACUGCAAACGCAGGUUGAAUGCAAAGGAAGCUUGAGGCUUCUGUAUGAACCACUCUUUAUCCUAGCAGAAUCUGGUACGACAGCGCUUGGGCUAGUGAGACCUAGUGUGGCUGCAGGUUUAAACAGGGAAGCAGGAAGGGGUAGUAGAGGACUGCCAGACUCUUCAGAGGGGCUCCUUACUGCAGACGGACCAGGAGAAGGAGCUGGUGCGUCUGGCGGAGCAGACACACCUGGGCGGCAAGGAGGUGACCUGACCAGUACUGCAAUACCAACGCCAAAUAUGCAUUGCUGCUACAAGUGGACCGAUAGUGGACGAUGGCUUGUAUCUGUCUGGACAGAUGUCAGAGGUGAGCUUCUGGAUGUCCUUGUGCUGCCCGUGGAGGCAGGUCUGGUGGCCGUGGAGGAUGACGGAGAAGGCUUCUUCUCCACUGACUUUUCAGUUGGUGCUGGGAGGAAUCCGGAUCACAGGUCAUUUCACAGAAAAAUUCUACAUAUGGAUCAGGAGAAGAGGACCCAGCAGUUGUGUAUGCUCUUCAGGCUUUUGCUUGAACAGGGACUUGAGCUCCUGGCUAUGGCAGAUGAAGCUGGUGGGAAGAAACCACGAGAUAUCGUCAUUUCCAAGAUUGGUUACAUGAUGACUGAGGAGAGAGAUGGUUGGGAGUCGGCAAUCUGUGGACUCGGGGAUGAUGAAGGAUGGCCCCUUAAGCGAGUGAUUACUCAAAAAGACAGUCUAGUUGAUGGAGCAUCAACCGCUGGGAACCAGGCUGGCACAGUGCGGGUGAGGCACCAGAAAGGCAGAGGAAGUGGAAUGGAGGUUCCUGCCUCAGCAUUAGAUCAGGGUGUGGGGCAUAACCGUACUCAAAUGUAUGUGUCAUCAGUGGCCGCGGCAUCUGUUAGCACUAUUCGCAAUCGGGGUAUGUCUGGUGUAAGCUGGGGUGCUGUGGAUCGUCCAGGUCACUCCGGCACCACAUCCAUGUCAACAGCAACUCAUUCAAGCAUGGGGAGCGGGCGACCAGGGAGUUCAGUUGGGACUUCGGGAGCCAAUUCAUCGGGUCCAGCCGGCAAUUCCCCCCAGGAUCCCCAAGAGAAGAAGGGCAGAUUGAAAUGGGUUCAAUCCAUUAGCCUGGUCUCUUUCUGUGUCGAAAGGUCCAUGCAAGUGGUAUGGUCAAGUGAAGCUGGAUCUGGAACUGGAGCCAGCAUUCCCACUGCUUCGCAGUUGCGGUCAUCAGCAAUCAAUGCAGGUCAGGCCAUUGCAUCAAUUGGAAUAACACCAGUCAAGUCUCUUGCUCAGGGGGCAUACUUAAUGGUUCCUUCUCAUUCGCUGCAUUUUCUUGCGCCCCGUGCUCAGGCGAUGUCGUCCGUGCCAGGCGCAUUCAAUGAACCCUGGGGACGGCAAGCAAGCUCAGCUGUUCCAGCAGCAUCUGCUCUUGUCAUUUCCAGUGUGAGCAGCAGCCCGUUGUCAAAUCCAAUGUCGAAAGGAGCAACAGAAGAAUGGCCCCUAAAUUUAAGAGUGUCUUUAAUGUCGCAUCAUGUGCCAGCUGUUGAUCCCCUGUUGCCGGAUUCGCCUGGGAUUACUGGUAGGGCGGGUACGAGGUUUGCUGCAACUGCGACUACAGCUGUUGGUGCCGAUCCCGGGAUGUCCAUGGGCGGCGGUAGUAGCACCGAUGGCCUCGGAAAGGCCAGCACAAGGGGAAUUGUCAGAAGCAAGGGUGAAGAGGAGUUGGGCGACGUUAGAGCUGAGCAAGAUUCUGUCAUGAAGCUGGAGGCAAGGCAACUUGUCGAAGCCAUCGCAGCGGACAUGUAUGCUUUGUCUUGGCUAACGCUCAGCCCGAUUUUUCCAAGCCGGAGAUCAGUCCUUCCCAUCCAUGGCGCCAUUGCACAAAGGUUGGCGAGGAUUUUGACGUACAUGGACGAGGAGUAUAACCCUCCCAAGCAGCAAACGUGAAGUAUGCCUGUAAGUGAUGUUUGAGCUUUGAAGGCUGUCGUUCCCUUGCCAGUCCAUAUCUGUCGUUUUUACCAAGUGCCGUAGAGACGAAAAGCUUACUUAAAGGUGACUUCAAUGCAGGUUACGCUUGAUAAAACCCCAUGGUCAUUGCUAAUGGGUGAAAAUUCACCGCGUCUACUCCCCCAACUUGUAAGAAAGAAGGAGACCCUGAGUGGAAAUAAGGCGUGCUAGUCAGGGGGUUGUAGAACUUUGUGUGCUGUCUGUACAAGCAAGAAAAUAUCUUUGCAAAGCAUUGGUGACUGUAUGCUCUUGGGAAGAACGGCGUGGCAAUUGCGGAGGAAGAUGAUCAAGUUCUCCUCUGGUAUUUCUGGUUGCAGCUGUGCGAAUCCUCCUUUCCGUGAUUGCUUAAGUCAUUGGAGCAUCAAAGCACAGCUUUGAGUUAUUCAUUUGUGUCGGAGACAUGCAUCCUUAGGCGCCCAGCCUACUUCUGCAGCGGACGAGAUGAAAUCCGCUUCUGUAGGCCUGUUUAUCGCCGUCUGUUUUCCCUUUCAUGCCCCCCGUAGAUCACACAUGCACUUGGUCCAAUGUAUAUACACUUUUCAGAAGGGUGGGUGCUUGAGGCCAACCCCGGAAGCACUGCGGUGUUCUUCAGAUGUGCGGCAAUCAAAUCGCUCCUUGUGCCUGUUCAAUCCUGCUGGGCAUGUCUUUUAUCACAUGCUCCAAUUUAAUCGAUGUCAUUGGAUUCUUUUUCGUUUCAUUUCCUUGUCAUAUCAGAGGUCCAUCUCUUGUGAUGGCAAAACCUCUUCAUCAGUGACUGACUCGCAAUGACACCCUGAUCUUCAACAUCAUCUCAAUUCUGUGCGUUUGAUUUUUUCUCUCCACUCCAGGCUGCACAUCUGGCCGCACUAAUUACUCUGGCACAAAGUAACAUGCUGAUCGUGGUGUGCUAGGUCCUGCUAUGCAUGGGCAUACAAUCAGUCUGCUCCAGCGGACGGUAUACACAUGGUGUUGUGCUGUUCGCAGCUCUCUGGACACAAAAGAAGUUCGUGUAGUGUAAUUGAUCAUCAGCUUUCACCUCGCAAAUGCAAUCAUUUUUCUACCUGCCUUUCAGUUCCUUCUCUCCUGUGUGUCUUUGGUCUGUGUUUGGCAGAAGUAUAGAGUGUAUAGACUCUUUGUAGUAUACGUCCACUGUGCCCGAUGAGCCGGGCCAACGAAGCGGCUGGAGGGAGGAGAGUUCCAGCAGUUUUGAGCACGGUCGUUCAUUAGAAAGGCUGUUUUUUCAAAACCCUUAUUACAUGCAGGCUAAAUUGCUAAUGUAAUAUAUAACGCAAGAGGGAGGAAGCUUGCCAUCCACACCCCUUGGCUGGGUCAGAAUGCUCUUACCAGAAGGGAAAUGAAGAGGCAGCUCGCACAUGGGGACUCCCACACAGGACAGGAUAUGGAGAGGCAUGGAAAACAGCCAACUUGCAAGAUGGAAGGGGAACAGAAUCGUGCGAAAAAGCCAAGUGCAUAUGUGUUGCCUCCUUGAUGGGAAGAGAGAUACUUCUCUGGUUUUCUGAGAAAGGGGGAAAAUGGUGAGUAUGACACGAUGGACUGACUGGAAAUGGUACUUUGUGCAAAGUCAGAGCAGGCAGGCUUUUAGUUUGCAAGGGCCCAGCUCUUGCCCAGGUGCACUCACUAUAGCGUAGUGGUCGCUUGUAGGCGUGUAAGGCCGACCACUUGUGAAAGAGGCAAAGAUUGCGGAUGUGGUUGGAGGUGAGUGUCUGGUGGUUUGCGGCAAGGUCCCGAAGUUGUCAGCUGUGUGGGAAGCGUGGGAAGCACGGGAAGCGGUAUGGGUGGGCCCAGGAUAGUUGAGCAUGGGUUUCCAGGUGAUCAGGAUUAUCACCUGGCACGGAAGGCAGAUGUAGUUAAGAGUCUAGGACAAGC